AUGAGGGAAACCUCAUCGCCGAGAAGAGUCCUUUGCGGCCUGGGGGUCUGUGCCCUUUAUGGUUCAGGUCUAUGGAAGAAACCGGCCAAACUGAAAAAGCUAAGUGAAGAUAGUUUAACUAAGCAGCCUGAAGAAGUCUUUGAUGUUCUGGAGAAACUUGGUGAAGGGUCUUAUGGUAGCGUGUUUAAAGCAAUACACAAAGAGUCUGGACAAGUUGUAGCAAUUAAACAGGUCCCCGUGGAGUCAGAUCUUCAAGAAAUAAUUAAAGAAAUCUCUAUAAUGCAACAGUGUGACAGUCCCUAUGUUGUCAAGUACUAUGGCAGCUAUUUUAAGAACACAGAUCUAUGGAUUGUUAUGGAAUAUUGUGGAGCUGGCUCUGUUUCGGACAUAAUUAGACUUCGUAAUAAAACGCUAACAGAAGAUGAAAUUGCAACUAUUCUGAAAUCUACUCUUAAAGGACUUGAAUACUUGCACUUUAUGAGAAAAAUACAUAGAGAUAUAAAGGCUGGAAACAUCCUUCUUAACACCGAGGGACAUGCAAAAUUAGCUGAUUUUGGUGUGGCUGGCCAGUUAACAGACACAAUGGCAAAACGUAAUACUGUUAUAGGAACUCCGUUUUGGAUGGCUCCUGAAGUAAUACAAGAGAUUGGCUAUAAUUGCGUGGCAGACAUCUGGUCCCUUGGUAUCACUUCAAUAGAAAUGGCUGAAGGAAAGCCUCCGUAUGCUGAUAUUCAUCCAAUGAGGGCUAUUUUUAUGAUUCCUACAAAUCCCCCUCCAACCUUCCGGAAGCCAGAGCUCUGGUCUGAUGAAUUCACAGAUUUUGUGAAGAAAUGCUUAGUGAAAAAUCCUGAACAAAGAGCUACAGCAACACAGCUGCUACAGCAUACAUUUAUUAAGAAUGCCAAGCCAGUUUCAAUUUUAAGGGACCUGAUCACUGAAGCUAUGGAGAUAAAGGCAAAGCGACAUGAGGAACAGCAGAGAGAACUAGAAGAGGAGGAAGAAAAUUCGGAUGAAGAUGAGCUGGACUCUCAUACCAUGGUGAAGACCAGUUCGGAGAGUGCUGGUACCAUGAGGGCCACAAGCACGAUGAGUGAAGGCGCUCAGACAAUGAUUGAACACAACAGUACUAUGUUAGAAUCGGACUUGGGGACCAUGGUAAUAAAUAGCGAUGAUGAUGAAGAGGAAGAUGGGACCAUGAAAAGAAAUGCUACUUCACCGCAAGUUCAAAGACCUUCUUUCAUGGACUACUUUGAUAAACAAGAUUCUAAGAAUAAAAGCCCUGAAAACUGUAAUCAGAGCAUGCAUGAAUCUUACCACAUAUCCAAAAACGUUUUCCCUGAUAACUGGAAAGUCCCUCAAGAUGGAGACUUUGAUUUCUUAAAGAAUCUGAGUUUAGAAGAAUUACAGAUGCGAUUAAAGGCUUUGGACCCUAUGAUGGAACGAGAAAUUGAGGAGCUUCGUCAGAGGUACACUGCAAAGAGGCAACCUAUCCUAGAUGCGAUGGAUGCAAAGAAACGGAGGCAACAAAAUUUCUGAGUUUGUUUUACUUUCAGAUAAUACUAUGAGUCAGUGUGGACACUGGUAACUUUGUAAGUCUGAAGGAAUUCGAUUAUGAGAGUUUUCAAAAACCCAAUCUUUUGAAUUCUCCUUCACAAGCAAUGACAAUUGGAGCAGUGAAAGAACAUACCUAUGCUGUUCUGCAAAGGCAGUGAAACACAUUACCACUUGUUUAUAUUUUCCAAUGUUUAAUGUAAUAGCAGUUUAAUCUGUUACUUCCCAAUCUUUUUCAGGUGUAUAGUGGUAACUUGGUGUUGUACACUAGGAGUUGUGUUUUGGAGCACCUGGAAUGAUUUCUUGAUUGUGCAACACUACAGAGCCUUAUGUUGCAAUAUAUUUUCCUCCCACUUAGUAGCAUAUUUAUUAUGUAAUCUUUGGUAAUCCUAUUUAUUUUAUGCCUGUUUUCUUUUUUAUUAGGAAGUACUAGGAUAAUACUGUGGAGAGCAGAGCCAGAUUAGAUAAAAUUGGUAUUGUAGUAUAAUGAAAAGAAGCUCACCACUGUAUUAUCUUUUAAAACUCCAAUUUCAGCAGGCAUCCCAAUUCAGGACAGCACUUGAACAUGUAUCCAGCCCAUUCAUAUCAGUAGGAUUUAAGCAUAAAAUAAGUAAUAGGCACAUGUUUUUCUGCUCUCCUGAACCAGGGACUGUGGCUGUAGUUGAGCAAUACAGUUGUUACGCUACGCUACAGAGCAUUCUUUUAGAGAGUAUUUCUAUCAUUUUUACACACACUGAAUUAUCUCUCAUUAAAGAAGAAAACAAGUGCCUAAUCAGUUUUGAUUUUUCUGUUAUUCAGGAGAAGCAAUACUUGCAGUCGCUCCUUCAGUGUAAAUUUCCAAUUGCUAUAGAGGUAUAAACCUCUAUUUUUGCACCGUAGUUUUAUAAUGAAGUAACAGCUACACUUUCUAGAUAUGUUUUUUGUUUCAUUUAAUUUUUUAUCACCAU